AUGUUGCUCGACGAAGAUCCCGGAACUCUUAUCCACCACACAAUCGGCAAUUUCAACAUCCACCCGGAUAAACAAGCGGUUACACGCAUCAAUGACUCUCUCUCCACCCUCCAGCAGUCGCGCGAUCUGCGCAUUCGCGAGGCUGAAUCGGCCAUGCGCAAGCUCUCGCGAAACUUGAACUCUUUAUCGACCCAACACGAGGAAGCUGUGGCAGUGCACGAUUCCGGUAAACACGCGGCGGAGAUUGUCGAGUUGGACACCAAAAAGUUCCGCAUUGCCAAGGCUGCCUCAGAACUGGAGAUUGAAAGCGAAAGAUUGGAGAGUGAGCUCGAAAUGCUCAAAGAGAGGCUAGCCGAUCUCGAGUCCCAGGGCCUCGAGGGCGAUGAGACAACCCGGCGCGAGCGCGAGGCGGAUGACGCGACAAUUCUGCGGCUCAAAAUCUUCCGCUCUUUGGGUGUUGACAUCGAGCCCGAUGACGCGGGCAAUUUCAACCGAGCUGUCAUUCGAAACAGUCGGAAGGGUGACGUUCACGUUGUGAACAUCGAUCCCAAGUUCUCGCGUUUCUUCUAUGCAAAUUACUUCUGGUCAACGAUGCAGGGAUGA